AUGGCGGACACCGCAAGAGCAAGAGCGCCGCCUCCCAACCGCAGCCUCCCGGAGGAGAUCCUCAUCUGGGAGAUCCUGGUCCGCCUGCCCCCCAAAUCCCUCCUCCGUUGCCGCGCCGUCUGCCCCGCCUGGCGCCGCGCCACCUCCACCCGCGACUUCCUCCUCGCCCACCACGCCCGUCAGCCCACCCUCCCUCUCCUCGACGACUUGAGCAGCAUCGGCUACGGAGGCCACUCCUUAGACACCAUCCCCACCCCCUCUCCCUUGGAGCACCAGGCCGCCACCGGCCGGCUCCAGUCCGUCGUGCGAUUUGAUGAUGCCUACUUCCGCCUGUUCGCCUCCUGCGACGGCCUCCUCCUUCUCUCCAUGGCCACUGGCUACUUAGUCCUCUGUAAUCCGGCGACUCGUCAGUUUGCUCGUCUCCCGCUCCUUCCUGGCUUCAUACCCUUGGGGAUGUAUCCACACAGCCCAACUGGAACUGGGGAGUACCGACUAUUGCUCUACCUGUCUUCCUCGGAACGGGCACCUGACGCUCAAGCUGGCUGCUACAUCCUCUCUCUAGGCUCCGGCCAGCUGCCCAGGCACAUAGGGUGCAGGGAUGUGGAGAGACUCAUAAACACCUUCGGAUCUGUCAUGUUCCAUGCUAGCCUACAUUGGCACCGGCACAAUGUGAUAAUGGUAUUUGACACCAUCACCGAGUUGUUUCGUGAGAUGUCUGCUCCGGUUGUUCCUGGCCCUGUCAACCUGUUUGAGAUGGAUGGAAUGCUUGCCGCCUCCAUCUUCACUGAUCCAACGACAUCCAUUGAUAUCUGGAUGGCACAGGACUAUGACAAUGAGGUUUGGGCCUUCAAAUAUCGGGUCAAUUUGCCGGUUGCAGAGCUCACUGCACAGUUUGGGAAGAUUAACAAACGUUGCUGUGUGGUGUUUGCCUCUUCGGAUGGUCAUGCGCUUGUGCUGGCCAAAUUUGGAGAUUGGCUGCUUCAGGUUGAUAUGGAUGGCAAGUUGGUUGCCAGUUUCCAUGGCAGAGGCAUUGGUCCUACUCAAAAUCGGCUGAAACAAUCUCUUGUUCAGCAUACCUUCUUUCCCACACUUGAGGGUUAUGUUGUCAACGCGUCGCCUUUCAUCUGA